UCUUUCAGUCAACGUCUUUUUAGUUUUCACUCCUUUUACUUUUUCGACCUUAUUCGGUGAAUUCUGUAUAGACGGUUAAUUUUGAAGUCUCUGAUGGCAAGGAAAAUGCGACACUCAGGAAUGAACCUGCUGGGUUUGCUUGUCCUGGGUCUGGUUCUGGUUAGAACCCAGGCUGUCACUCCGGCUCACUACCUAUCCCUGUCCGAUGUGGCCAGACUGCAGAACCUCCUGAACCGACCCUUCACAGACCUGGAGUCCGCCUUCUACUCUGUGGUGGGUCUGACCAAGCUGGGAGGAACUGCUGCCGAUCACACGGAAAUUUGCCAGUUCCUGAAAUCCCAUUAUGAUCCCACCAAUGUUGACUCUCUGUUCUUUGCUGCUGAGACCAGUCAAGCCAUUUCAGGAUGUGAGAUCCCCGUGUCCAAUGAAACCCGCGACAUCCUCCUGGCAGCGGUGAGCGAUGACUCGACUAUGACUCAGAUUCAUCGGGCUGUUAGUGCGCUGAGUUCUCUGGGACUUCCUCUGGCAUCUCAGGAAGUCAUCGCCGCUCUGACAGGUCGCAUCAACAAGGAAGACAACGUGAUGGCCAUCACUUUAGCUUUGCAGACAGCUGCUCGUCUCUCCCAGCAGGCAGAACUCGGAGGGAUACUGGAGGAGAUCGAGGAUCUGACAGCGCGUUUGGAUGACCUUGGUGGCAUGUACCUCCAGUUUGAGGAGGGGCUUGAGGCAACUGCCUCGUUUGUGGCUGCUGCUUAUUCGCUUUCAGAUCACGUGGAGAUUGCACCACCUCUGAAGGAGGACCAAGUCAUCCAGCUUGUCAACUCCAUCUUCAGCAAGAAAUCCUGGGAUUCUCUGGCUGAGGCCUUCAGUGUGGCUUGUGCGGCCGCCGCUCUCUCCAACAACCGCUUCCACGUGCCAGUCGUGAUCAGUGCUCAGGGUCCAGCCACAGUGUCUCACAGCCAGCCCAUGCUGCAGCUCCUGGUUACUGAUGUCAUGUCUCAACCCCUGACCUUGGCCAACGUGCUGGUAGAAUCUGCAUACGCUGUGGCCUCAAAGAGCACUGUACUCAGCCAAGCGCCGUUCAGCCUGAACGAUGGUGUCUUUGAGCUGGACUUCAUGUCUAAGCAGCCAGCCAGCGGGUAUUACCAGUUCACUGUUGCAGUGACCGGAGAUAGUCGGCUAGUUGCUAAUCACGUUGAGCUUAAAGUGAAGGUUUCCACCGAGGUGUCGGUGAAUAACAUGGACCUCUCGGUGGUGGAUAAGGACCAGAGCAUCGGCACAAAGACCACCAGGGUGGAGUAUCCAUCCAAAGCCAAGAGCGCCUUCACAGCAGACAGCCACCAGAACUUCGCCAUGUCCUUUCAGCUGGUCGAUGUCAACACUGGAGUGGAGCUGACUCCCCACCAGACUUUUGUCCGGCUGCACAAUCAGAAAACUGGUCAGGAGGUCGUGUUUGUGGCUGAACCAGACAGUAAGAACCUCUACAAGUUUGAGCUGGACACAGCGGAGAGGAAGUCCGAAUUUGACUCCAUCUCUGGCUCCUAUUCCCUCUACCUGAUUGUUGGUGACGCCACGUUGGAGAAUCCCAUUUUGUGGAACGUGGCGGAUGUUGUCCUGAAGUUUGUGGAUGAGGAGGCCCCGCCCACCAUUCAGUCAAAGACCCUGUAUGUGCCGAAACAGGAGAUCCAGCACUUAUUCAGGGAACCAGAGAAGAAACCUCCCACUGUGGUUUCCAAUGCUUUCACUGCACUCGUCCUGUCUCCCUUCCUGCUGCUGCUCAUUCUGUGGCUCAAGCUGGGAGCCAACAUCUCCAGCUUCAGCUUCUCCCCCAGCACCAUUCUCUUCCACGUUGGACACGGAGCCAUGCUGGCUCUGAUGUACGUCUACUGGACCCACCUGAACAUGUUCCAGACCCUGAAGUACCUGGCUAUUAUUGGAGGUGUCACUUUCCUUGCCGGGAACCGCAUGCUGGCCCAGAAAGCAGUGAAGAGGAUCGCUGCAGAGCAGAGUAGUAGGUUGGCAAAGUAUAGGAGCCUGCGCUAAAGUCUGCCUUUGUAACUAAAGGAUUGAUGGUGCUUUCCGGCUGAAAACUCAGAAAAAAUAAUCCCAAGGACAUUUGAGAGGAUGUUGAUGGAGCUGCCCCCCCGGACAUCAGAUCAAUCCUUUGAUUUGUGGUUUGGCCGUUAGUGUUGAUUCUUAUUAUCAAGUUAAAAUUUUACUUUGUGAAGUUGUGUGCGGUGGUCCAGAGAAGUCGACAGGUGCUGCAGAGCUUCUGUUCACUGCACUUCAUCCUUUUUUUUUUUUUUCUUUUUUUUUUUCCUCUCUCCACAUCAGGUCUUUGUUUUUUGUUUUUUUAGUUGAUGGGAUUUUCUUGGUGGACUUGGUGGGGUUUUAUUUUUGUCUUUUUGGUACUUCCUGCUGCUGCCCGUCUCAGCCUGUGGUCGGUGUCUCGCAGCUGAAUCAUUCCAAUGUGUUUGUGGAGAAGCACUGAGCCCUGAUUUCACAUCCCCCAGAAAAAGACACUCACACAUUGGGCCAUUUACCGAACUUGUUUUUAUAAUGAAGAGGAGGAAAUAAAGAAAUUAAAAUA